CCCUCCUUUUCAGCCUCUAAGUUACUUCUGUACCAGGCCUAAAGAAGUCCGUGAGAAGCUCCGCUCAGACUGGAUCAGUGCUGGAAAGACCGUAUUGAUACGAGCGAAGAUGACCUCAGUGGCCUCCUGAGCCUAAUCGGAAGGAUCAGUAAUGGAGGAUGCAUCUUAAUGCACGAACAUGCGGUAUGAAGCGCCGGCGUGGUAACCUUGUUUAUACCCUCGAGCGACUUGCGAGCGACCUGUCGAACGCGCAGUAUAGCCCUGUACCACUCGCUAUGUAUUCGAUGAUUUUUGGAUUGAGAAAGCCGGAGCCGGUGCGUAGAACGACGUUUGUCGGCUUCAUGGCGGUACAAGGACACGUCUUACUGAGAAAGAUUGAUCCAUUCACCCAGAACCGGCCAUACUUGUCGAGUAUUCCCCUUCUCUGGCUGGGUGUUAAGCCUCUCUAUUUCUGCACGAAAAAAGUUCUUCCGCCGCUCUGGGGAGGUUUCUUCAAGGCAAUUGGAUUCAGUGAACCUCCUAGUAUGUAGUACCCUGUUCCCCAACUCGUUUAUUUGUUCAUGGUCUGGCUCGGCCUAUGGUUCGGCCUAACGCGUCUUACUCACUUUGUACAUAUAGUCCC